GAGCUCGACGAGUUGCUUUUACGCUGAGGCGCACCGUAGCAAAGCUAGCCUUCAGCUAGUAAUCAAUCCUUUGUCUGAUCUACUAGUACUAGUACGUAUGAGCACUUCUAGCCGGAAGCGUUCCAAUCGAUCUAGCUAUCUCACGUAACCAGCACAAUACAAAGAAUCGAUCUGAUGGCCAGACGCACGUAUCGUGCGUUUCUUUAUUGCUUCAACUCGGUACAAGUUUACAGGGGGUAUACGUACAUAUAUAUAUCAGCCUAGCUAGUACUAGCAAACCGAAUCGGUAUCUAACACUAGUCCUACUCGGGCUCACAUACAUGCACGUGUACAUCUAGGCGAUUGUUCCGUAUACGAUCCGGAUACGGCGACUACGUCGGGUUUAACUCCAACAAGCUCUCUUAUGACAUGGAGGACUCCAUCGAUGACUUCAUGCAGAGUGUGGGCAGCCAAGAUUCAAAGCCAGAUGGUUUCUUGGAAAAGAUGAAGAACUCGUUGGGGAAGAUGAAGGCUCGUCGUCGCAUCGGAAAUGAGAUCCAUGAUCUGAAGAAACAGAUCACAGAGGUGGCGGAGAGGAAUGAAAGGUACAAGGCUCGUGAGGUCUUCUCCAAGGCCAAGAAUACAACCGUUGACCCUAGAGCUCUUGCUAUCUUUCAGCAUGCCUCCGAGUUUGUCGGAAUUGAUGAACCCAAGGCUGAGAUAAUUAAAUUGUUGACACAAGGUGCGUCAACACAAGAGAAAAUGAACUUGGUAUCCAUUGUUGGAUCUGGAGGAAUGGGAAAGACAACUCUUGCAAACCAAGUGUAUCAAUAUCUCAAAGGAAAAUUUCAAUGUCGGGUCUUCGUAUCCGUUUCAAGAAAUCCAGACAUGAUGAAUAUCCUAAGGACUAUUCUUAGUGAAGUUAGUAGUCAACGUUACACUGACACCGAAGCAGGAAGUAUACAACAAGUCAUCAUCAAGAUCACUGAUUUCCUAGUAGACAAAAGGUAUUUUGUUGUUCUUGACGAUAUAUGGGACGUGGAUACAUGGGAUAUUAUUAAGCUUGCAUUUCCCUUGACUAGAUCCGGGAGUAUCAUAAUCACCACUACCCGUAAAAAUGAUGUCGCUGAAUCAUGCCAUUCAAAACCAUUCAAUGGACAUAUUUAUUCCAUAAGGGCUCUUAAUAUGGUGCACUCUAGGCAGUUAUUUUACACGAGACUAUUCAACUCCGAAGAAAAUUGCCCCUCAUACCUUAAAAAGGUUUCUGAGAAUAUUUUGGAAAAAUGUGCUGGGCUGCCUUUGGCAAUCAUUGCUAUAUCUGGUUUGUUGGCUAAUACUAAAAGUAUAGAGGGUCAAUGGAAACAAGUUGAAGAUUCGAUUGGUCGAGCACUUGAAAGAAAUCCCAGCAUUGAAGGAAUGAUGAAGAUAUUAUCACUUAGUUACUUUGAUCUGCCUGCUCAUCUGAAAUCUUGUCUUUUAUGUUUGAGUAUAUUCCCUGAAGAUUCUGUUGUUCAGAAGAAAGUUUUGAUAAAUAGAUGGAUUGCUGAAAGAAUAAUUCAUACAGAAGCCGGAUAUAGUAAAACAUAUGAGUUUGGAGAAAGGUGUUUUAAUGAGCUCAUCAAUAGGAGUUUAAUCCAACCUGGGGAUACAAACAGAUAUGGUAUGGUUAAAAGUUGUCGACUUCAUGACACAAUUCUUGAUUUCAUCAUAUCCAAAUCCAUCGAAGAAAACUUUGUUACUUUGGUAGGUGUUCCUAGUUUAACUGUUGGGACACAAAGCAAAGUUUGUCGGCUCUCCCUGCAAGCCGGCAAGCAAAAAGAACUGAUAGUACCAAGAGGCUUGGUUUUGUCUCAUGUCCGAUCACUUGAUGUGUUUGGGGAAUCUGUGAAAAUUCCUUCUAUGGAUAAGUUCAGCCAUUUGCGUUUUCUGGACUUUGAAGAUUGCAAACAACUAGAGAACCAUCAUCUUGAAAAUAUAGAUAAAUUGUUUCAGCUGAGGUACCUGAGCCUCCGAUGGGCGAGGAAAGUGAGCAAGCUUCCAGAACAAAUCGGACGCCUAUGGUGCUUAGAGGUACUAAAUUUGAGAGGUACCUCUGUUUGCGAGUUACCAGCAUCUAUUGUCAAUCUCAAGAGACUGGUGCACCUAUUGUUAAACCCGGAUGUUACACUUCCUUGUGGAAUUUCCAAGUUGCAAGCACUGGAGAAAUUGAAGCUUGUCGGUGUCUAUAGCCAGUCAUUUAACUUCCUGCAACAAUUUGAGCAGCAGCAGUAUCUGAAGGUAUUGGCCCUUGAUUUUGAGGAUUAUAAUUCUGCUGACCGAGAGAACGCUGAAAAUGAGUGCAAGAAAACUAUUAUUGUGGCUUCCCUUACAAACCUAGGGAACCUUCUCUCUCUAACUGUUUGGGAUGUCCCUGAAUUUGUAAGGGAGUCUUUGUGCCCUAUUCCACUUAGCCUCCAGAAGCUGAAAGUCUUGCGUUCUAGUAUUCUCCAUGUUCCAAAUUGGGUGGGCUCCCUUGUCAACCUGCAGGAGUUACGCCUUGAUCUGGUCAGAGCUGAGCAGGAAGACUUAUAUAUCCUUGGAGGCUUACCUGUUCUGCGUUGUCUGAUUCUGAGAAUUGAUGGAAGGGAAAUUAGAAAUACCUCAUUAACAAGGGUCAUAGUCUGUGGUGAAGUUGGAUUCCCAUGCUUGAGGGUAUUUAAUUAUUAUAGUCGAUAUGUUGUGAUGAAUUUGACGUUUGCGGCUGGGGCCAUGCCCAUGGUAGAUGACCUCUCGAUAGCAUUUCACCCAGAAAAUACUGAGUCUCUCGGUACUAGCGGUGAUUUUGAUCUCAGAAUAGAAAAUCUUCCCAGCCUCGUAAAAAUCAGAUGUAUAGUACACGGAAACUGGAGCGAUGGCAGCAGAGGCAAGGCUGCAAAGGCUGCCAUUUUGGAAGCAGCCAACGCACAUCCCAACCGCCCUACUCUAUCCUUGCUCUGGUAAUGGGUUGCCGGAAUAGAGGUACUAACUUGUACCGGCUGUUUUAUUCACAAGAUUUAUGUAUAUCUCUCAUUCCCUCACAUGAUCGUUCGUCUGUCCUUUUC